GGUGUGAGUCGCAGUCAGGGCAGAAAGUGUUUGUGGAAAACGGGAAGAAAUUCGGCUUCUUGUCUGCAAUGAGAGGUGAACAGACUGAAAAUGGAGAAAACUCAACGAACUCGAGCGAAAUGCUGAUCAACCAGCUGAGGGAGAUCACUGGCAUCCAGGACCCUCAGAUUCUCUACAGAGCCUUGAAUGCCAGUCAGGGGGACAUUGGACAUGCUGUUGGACUGCUGACAACCCAGUCUGCAGAUGUUCAGGAUCCUGGAGAACCACAGGAAUCAGAGACCUCUGGAGAGGCCUGGGAGGGCCAGAAAGGACAUCCUAAAGAUGAACUGCAGGCCGCCAUAGAACUCAGCCUGCAGGAGUCCCACAAUGCCCAGGAAGAGGAGAGGGAGUUCAACAGGGCUCUGGAGGCCAGCGCUGAGGAGAAUGCAGCAAGAAUGAAGAGGAAGAGGUGCGAAGCCCAGAGCGAGAUGUGCAGCCCUGCAGACUGGAUCCGUCAGGACGAUUGGCCCGUGGGCAUUCGCAAUGUUGGAAACACCUGCUGGUUCAGUGCCGUCAUCCAGUCACUGUUCCACUUGCCCGUGUUCAGGAGGCUGGUUCUCAACUACCAUCUGUCUGAGCGAGUGCUGGAGAAGUGCAAGAGCCAUUCUGACAAGAGGAACAUAGCUUUCAUGCAGGAGCUGCGCUGUCUGUUCGCCCUCAUGGUGGGCUCCACCCGCAGGUUUGUGGAUCCUUCUGCUGCAGUGGAGCUACUGCGAGAUGCCUUCAGGACCAGCGAGGCCCAACAGGACGUCAGUGAGUUUUCCCACAAACUGCUUGACUGGCUGGAGGAUGCCUUUCAGCUGGCCGCAAAUGGAAAUAAUGCAGAAGACAAACAACAAAACCCCAUGGUUCAGCUCUUCUACGGUACCUUUGUGACAGAAAGAAGACACGAGGGUAAGACUUUGUGUAAUAUCGAGCAGUUUGGCCAGUACCCCCUGCAAGUCAACGGCUUCAACAACCUGGAUGAAUGCCUGGAAGGUGCGAUGGUUGAGAAGGAGAUUGAGUCACUGCAUUCAGAUCACAGCGUCACAUCUGGCCGUGAGAGAUGGUUCAAAAAGCUGCCACCGGUCUUGACAUUUGAACUGUCUAGAUUCGAGUUCAACACUCAGCUCGGACGUCCUGAAAAGAUACACAAGAAACUGGAAUUCCCACAAAUCGUUUACAUGGACAGAUAUCUUCACAAAAACAUAGAACAGACUCAUGAGAGGAGAGGAGAAGUGAAAAAACUCAAGGAGCAACUUGCAGCCCUUCAGCAGAAACUCGAGUGCUAUAAAAACUACGGCUCAGGACCUACCAAGUAUCCUCUGGCUGACAUGCUGCAGUUUGUGCUGGAGUUUGCUACCACCAAGCCUACAAGUGUUUCUCCAGCUGAAGAUCUGAGACCAACUUCAUCUUCACCGACUCCUGCAAGCCACCCCCUCAGCGAAUGCAUCUCCAAAGACAACAGUGAACCUGGAGACCCAGAUUCCUCUGAGGGCCUGGUUUCCAGUGUUUCCAGUUGCCAACGGACCCCCAUAUACAAGCCCUUCACCCAGUGCCGGCUCCCCAUUGACUGCCCACCACACCCGGCCCCCCACAACAUCACCGAAGAAGAGCUGCACUUCGUUAAGACCUGCCUACAGCGUUGGAGGACCGAGGUCGAGAAUGACAUAAAUGAGCUAAAGGCCAGCAUUGACAAGCUCACUCAGAUGCUCGAGGGCAUGUACUCAGACAACAGUCUCUGCCAGGUACCCUACAGACUCCACGCGGUGCUCGUCCACGAAGGCCAGGCGUCAGCAGGACAUUACUGGGCCUACAUCUACGACCACGCCAACCAGCGCUGGAUGAAGUACAACGACAUAAGCAUCACUGAGUCAUCGUGGGAGGAGCUGGAGCGAGACUCAUUUGGAGGCAUGACCAACGCCAGCGCCUACUGCCUGAUGUACAUUGAUGACAGGCUACCCCACCUUAUUACAGACGACACAGACGAUGAGACCGGCCAGGUGCUGCAUGGCAUGGACUCCCUGCCGCCCAUCCUCAGACGCUACGUCCACGAAGAUAACCGCUGGUUCCAGCAGGAGCUCAGCGAAUGGGAGGAGCAGUUCUGCCAGACCGCAGCCCCACAGGGAGAGUCUACAACCUCUGCAGAGCCCCCAGACCCCACUCCAGAUGAUAUACAACAAACACCAGUUGAGCCAGCGCCCCAGUCGGGGCCGUCCACUGAAGAGCUGGACCAGGGAGCUUCUUCAGAGCCACAGCCAGACCCAGAGGCAGAGCAGGAUGUGGAGGCCGCUUCCAGGGAGAAGCCUGAAGAAGAAUCAGACUUAUCACCCCCACCACCACAGAGUCCCGGCCGCCUGCCAGACGACACCAGCGCUGCAGCAGUCACUGACACCCUGGUGCCCAGCCAGAGCUCCACCUCAGCGGGGAAGGAACUUCAGAGUCAGACUUCUGCCCUUGAAGCAGAGCCUGGUAACCAGGAAGCAUCUGACCCCCACGAGGAGAAGGACGACGCGCAGGCCGCAGGCCUCGGCCCUCAAGCUGAAGGCGAGCCGGAGGCUUCCGGAGAAGCUCCUGAACAUGAAGCAAAGCAGGAGGAUGAGGAGCAGCAGCAGCAGCAGCAGGAGGAAGAGGUCCCGGCUAGACAGCGACAGACUGAGAACGAGGUCUCGGAAGUGGAGAUCCCGAACGUGGGCAGGAUCAUGGUGAGAGCUGAUGCUGACGGAUACAACGAAGAGAUGAUGCUGACUCCAGCUAUGCAGGGCAUCAUUCUCGCCAUAGCCAAGGCCAGACAGACGUUUGAUAAGGAGGGCCCUGAGGCUGGCCUCAUCAAGGCCUUCCACGAGGAGUAUUCCCGCUUGUAUGAACUCUCCCAGGAGGAGACCACGCCCCAGGAGGACGCUCGUCUGCAGCACGCCCUGGUCUACUUCUUCCAGAACAAGGCACCCAAGCGCAUUAUCGAGAGGACGCUGCUGGAGCAGUUUACCGACCGCAACCUGAGCUUCGAUGAGAGGGCCAUCAGCAUCAUGAGGGAAGCCCGAUCCAAGCUGCGCCUCAUCAAGCCAGAGGACAUGGAUAUGGAUGAGUACUUGCAGUGGCAUGACGACUACAGACUGUUCAGAACGGUGUUCGUCUACCUGCUGACGGGGCUGGAGCACUACCAGCACGGGAAGAUGCGGGAGGCGCUGACCUACCUGGCUCAUGCGUACGAGACCAACGCCACCCUGCUGAAGAACGGAGAGAAACGUGGAAUAGACAAGUCUCUCAUUGCAGUUUACAGGAGGAAAUGCCUCACUGCUUUGAAUGAGAGCGCGUCACGCCUGUUCUGCAGCGGCGAGGAGAACAGUGUGGAGGAGGGCGUCGCCAUCAUGGACGAGGCCGUCAUUCCCUGCCUUCACCUGAUGAGCCGGGACUCGGCUUUGUCCCAGGAAGACCGGGACGCCAUGGAGAGCAUCCGCAGCCACUGGUGCUGCUGCCUGGGCCAGGACAUGGACGACUCUCUGCAGGUGAAGCUGGGUGAGCUUCUGCCCCGGGUUCUGGACGGUUCAGCUGAGGCAGUCAUUCUUAAAGACCCACCCAAAGUCCACGUCAACCAGGCCUACGACCUGUGCAGUCGCCUGGCCGCCGUCAUGGAGUCCAUCCACAACACCUCCAUAGUCAUCGUGAAGUAAAGCCCUGAACGAAACCCCCAACAACCUCUUUGAUCUGUGUGUUCGACCUGCGAGCAACUUGGCCAGCGGAUCGUUCUGUGCUGACAGACUGUGGGACUGAGACGGUUUCUCCUUUUCAACAAGCCAAAUGAUGUAUUUCAUUUAAUCUGCUGGUGUAGCGUUGCACAUCAUUUUAACGUUUUAGCAUAACAAGCUGUAAGCACUCUUUAGGGGCAGAUGAACAGCAUUUGCAUGUCAAGACAUUUCAACCCAAAACACUCUAGAAAAGUCCUCAACAGGUCUCAAAACUAUCUACCUUCUGUCUGGCCACCCACCACCACCAGCAACCCCCUUUGUGUUGAGAAAACAUUAACAGUGGGCCACCUCGAAAUCAUAAUGGCCUUAAAGCUGCAGCAGGUUAUGCAUGCAUGUUGUUUUUUCUCCCAUGACUUGCAGAACCGGUAACGCUAAUGCAGUUCUGUGUUUACCAGAUAUCAGUUGAAACCAGGCUUUAGACUCCAAAGAGCACAUGACUCACUGCCAUGACCGUGCAGGAGAAAGGGUUAAUGUAGCUGUUAACAGCUUCUCAUCUGUGUUGCACUGAACAGUUAUUCAUAAACCGACCUGCUGAACAAAAAGGACAUCAUCAGUAGAGAAGCUCGAUUUGGAGGAUUUGUUGUUGUGUUGCUCAGCGGUGUGAACGCACAGCGAGGCCUUUAUACAGGGCUGAAAAAAUACUAGAUUUGCACAGUAAGGAAUACUGUUUAUGAGCUUUUUUAAAUAUGUGUUUUAUAUUACUUUGUAUUUUUCCAAAACAGAUUGUAGGACAUUUUACACAUAGGUGAAGCUAUAAAGAAAAGAUAUCUACAGCACUAUUAUGCAUAGAAAUAUUAAAGGCACGGCGUUCUGUGCAACUUCUAAAAAGAGCUGCUGCAGAUGGAAAUCUGUGCAAGUCAGUGGCAACUCUUUUCUGUUUGACUCUAAGUGCCCCGGUGGACAUCACCUUGCUACAGACAUGCCUGUUCUUGUCGUUUGAAGGGUUCUUUGUAAACAUGUAAACCUUUGAAAGGAAACACAUGAGACGAGAGAUGAAGUUUUUUUCGGGUGCAUCAGAUGCAACGCGGCAUCAUGAAUGAAUCCUCUAAAUCAGGAUUUUCAGAGCAGCGACACGGAGCUUCUCUUCUGCCUGCUGAUUUCACUGCUGUUUCACUUGUAGUCUGUGAUGAUACUCAAUAAA